UGAAGUGAGCGAGGACGCGCACUCGGUCAGAAAGCGCGUGCUCGCUGACCAGGUCCUGUGUAAAGAGUCAGCAAGUGAAAAGGCUUAAAUCCAGUGAGUGGGUCUACAUGAGAAACACAGAGAGGACCACAGAGAGGACCGCAGGAGCACCGUCUGGCUCUACAGACUGAACAUUUCAGAGAUCAUAUCAGGAAUAAUGCUGCAGUCGACAUUGUAAUCGAGCACUGACUCUACAGGACAAAAAAAAACAAAAAAAAAGAGGGAGAAGAAGCAUCAUGGCGGUUUUUAAACUGGAUAAUGUUGAGGAUUUAUAUGAAAUCAGAGAGAUACUGGGCAGUGGUCAUUUCGGACAGGUGCGUGAGGUGUGUGAGCGAGCUACAGGUAUCCUGUGGGCAGGGAAGUUUCUGAAGCUGCGGCGUGGUGCCGGGAGCCGUCUGGGCCUGGAGAGGAUGAGCGUGGAGAAAGAGGUGGCGAUCCUACAGGGCCUGCAACACCAGAACAUCAUGGCCCUCAAGGAUGUGUUCGAAAGCAAGGCGGAAGUGGUCCUCAUCGUAGAGCUUAUUCAAGGUGGUGAGCUGUUUGACUUCAUCGCUGAGAAGGAGAGCCUGACUGAGACGGACGCGAUUGACUUCCUGAAGCAGAUUCUAGAGGGAGUGAACUACAUGCACAGCAAACACAUCGGCCACUUUGACUUAAAGCCUGAGAACAUCAUGUUGUCAGAUAAGCAGGUCCCCAAUCCUGAUAUUAAGAUCAUUGAUUUCGGCAUGGCCCACUGCUUUCUACAAGGAGAGGAGUAUAAGAGCAUGGGUGGCACCCCUCAGUAUAUCGCACCUGAGAUCAUCAACUAUGAACCACUCAGCACAGCAGCAGAUAUGUGGAGUAUUGGUGUCAUCACCUACAUUUUGCUGAGCGGGCUUUCUCCGUUCCAAGGCGAUACAAAUGAAGAGACACUGAAGAACAUUCUGGAGUUGAAGUACGAGUUUGAACCGCACUACUUCAGCCAAACCAGCUCUAUGGCCAAAGACUUUAUCCAGAAGCUACUAGUCAAAGAGCAGAGUGAGAGGAUGACUGCUGAGGAAUGCCUGAUUCACCCCUGGAUUAAACCUCUCACUAGGACCCAGAUGGCGAGGAGAAAUCGCUCUUCCAUCAACAUGAAGAACUUCAGGAUGUUUAACGCUAAGAGAAAGUGGAAGAUGUCCUAUAACAUGGUGUCAGCCUGCAAUCGCCUGUGCAAGCUCAAGCUGGUGUGUAAAACCAAUGCCUUGGAAAAACAAGACCUGAGAGAUUGUGAGAGCGACCAGGAAGACACUGAUACAAAAACCACCUCUCUGUUGCGUCGCCGACUCAGCAACAGUUCCUAGAGGAGGGAAGUGACGAUGAAAUCAUUUGCAGAGCCUUAAGGAAAGCAAGUAGAUGGUUUCUUGACCUAUACUGGGAAACAUAAAGCUUUGCGGACCAAAGGAAUUUUGCUACUCGCCUUGAACCCACAAUGUUUCCUGCAGGAGACGAUAGUUCGGAAAAGUGGGCCAAACCUACAACAUUCUCUAAACUAAUAUGCAAGUUUAUUCCCAGACGGAUACCUCUGAAAGGCUAAAUGAUGAUGAUUUAGCUUGAUGUGCUGUCAUAGGUUACAGCCCAAUAAAACAUGAGCUGUGCUCCAGAACUUUUAAUACGCCCUUCUGAACUUUCCAUUGCCCGUUUACCUUAGCAUCUUAAGUGCCAUUACAUUACUUUAGUAGCUCAAGUGAAGUUUGUUAGAUGACCCGUUAUAUAGAAGAAGUCAACAUCAUUGUAGACUUUAAGAGUACGGUUUUGUGAGCUGAUGCAAUUUCCGUUUCAAACAUGGCAGAUGAAGGUGUUUUUAAACUUUGAACAGCAGCACAAAAAAUUUAGUACAUCAAAACAUUAAACAUUUGCUCUUCAGGUUUACAUAGACUCCAUGUAAAUAUGCCCAAUUAGCAAGCUAGUUCAUUGGGCAUUCUGACUUGUGAGAAUGCCAGCUCGUUAGUACAAUAGCUAGCUAGCUAGACAGUUAACAUGCAAAUGUGUAUUUCUUUUGUACAUAGUUUUAAUGAAAUAUAUACAUCGAAUACAACAAAGUCACUUCAGGUUCAUUGUUGCUGCCAAAACUGGUUGCAUUCAUAUUGAACAUUUUGCUCUCACUCGUCUCUCUGGGCUACAAGUGUUCAGUUGUGUGACGUUUCCAAGUCCUGAGUAAAGUCAACAGCGGCAUUGUGAGAGCUGAGUCAGAUUGGAUAUGAACAUCCUGGAAUUGUCUAGAUACUAGACAACCACAUUUACUUGAUAAAAUGCCUUCAAGAAUGGGCAGGCUCUGAAGUUGUGUGCCUUAACUGACGUAAAUGUAACCACUGAUUUCUGGCUCGUGAAUCUUUUACUGAUAUCACACCCGAAGUCAUAGACUUAUUCACACACACAUUUAAUGGGGUGCAUGUUUGGCUCAAAGCCAAGUUCCAGCUGAGGAGUAUCACACUGUGUGUUUAUGCAUUCUUAUGGUGUCUGUUAAAGUGGUCAGUUGUGGAAUGCAGUAACUGAUAAAUUUUUUGGUGCCAAGACUACCAGGAGUUGGAAAAAUAGAAAAAUGAGAAAGCGACAUAACUGAAGUUCCUGUUUUUCAUUACAAUAUUGUACUUUAAGGCAAGAAUUGAACCAAAUAGAAAUAGCAUGACAUAAAGGGUACAGUUUCAGUAUGACAAACCAAUAUCAAUGUCUUUCGUAUAUCAUUAACAACAAUGUAACUAUUACACAGAUUAGAACUGAUAGAAUAUUUCUGUAUAAUCGCUUCACCGUAUGAUAGAGUACAUACAAUCCAGUCUUGUGGUUCUACUUACAUACAUUCCAGACUGCCAGGGAAGUAGUGGAUAUUCCCAUGCACUUGUUUCCUUGUUAAGUUCAAAUAACCAAGUCGCCUUGUGACUUUCCUAUUCUCAGUUUGCUGAGGAGUGGAUACAGAGAUGUUAUAUAUAAUGCUUUAAGCCUUUUGUUUCUUACUUAUUUUGUUUUUGGUAAAUCUGCACUAUCAAAGGAAUGUGCAUUGAAACAUAUCUUUCAUGCCUAUAAUUAUAGUGUUUGAUUUAUUACUGUUAGAACAGACAUGUGGCAUUUUCAUGGAGUCAUAACUUGUGAAUUGUUGAACUUUGCUAACCUCAGACUAGUAUGGACACCUCCUUGUUUCACCAGACCCUGAUGGUGGACCAAAUGGAUCAAUGUCCAGAUUAGUUGGAACUGGAUCAUCUUUCAUAAGCACUUAUAGAACCUUGCCCUAACAACAACGUAAUGGCAAUAGUAAUGCAUUAAGCUUCCAGGCUAUGUGAGUACUGCUGCAUUAUAAUUAUAAUUUCUUCUGAAGCUAUAUGUUCACAGCAGGGAGUGAAGCAAACAGCAAUUGCUGCUGCUGAGCCAUAUAGGAAAUAAAGGUAAGCUCCUUUGCUGCAUGUUUGCAGCAGAAACCAAAAAAAGGUUCAGCUGUUCAGCCUCUUGGAAGGGGAAGAGUGAGUGGUUUUACUAUGUUGGGACGCAGUUGGCAGUGUGCAGGAGCCAAAUGCAGGGGCUAUUACCAACAAGAUGACAGUGUACUGAAGUGCAGAACUUGGUACAGCUGCCUUGCGUACACAGACGGACCUUGAUGCACCAUCAGUGGCAGUAGGUUCACCAUUGUUUUGAUUAUGGUGAUGAAAAGUGCUAUGUAACAAGUUGGUCCAAAAGCUUCAAAAUAUGUAAUUACGUUGAGACCUAGCCCUCUAACAGGACAAAUCAUGCCAGCAUAACAGAGUCACCGGACUUGCCAUCCGCUUGCCAUUGUACUCUUCCAGACAAGGCCUGUGUCCAUGAGUUCUCAAAUGCUAUGUGGUCCAGCUGUUUGUGUGCUUUGUGGCUCUCCAUCAUAAGCCUCUGCUGUCUAAAGAAAGGUUAGUUAUAGAGUGCUUUAUCAAGACCUGUUAUGAACCCCCUUUGUGACCUUGAUAUGUAGUCUCCAUUAGUUCUGAUGUAAGGAAGUAGAAUUUGUCAUUUUGUCAAUGUAAAAAUGUUUCUCUGACUAAGUGGAGGAUGUAGCAGGGUCCUUAGCACAGGGUCAUGAACAUGAGGUGACAACUUUGCUAUUUGUACUCGACAAGGAAAUGAUUGUACAGGAAUCUACACUAGUUCUAAAGGAAACUCCCCUGAUGUUCAUCCACACAGUUGUAGAACCACAGUACAUAACCUUACAUUUUCAGUAUAUUGCCGUAAGUAAUGCGAAGAAGAAGUAAUUUCUCAAAACAACAUACAAAUGUAGUUUGCUCUGAUGUUUGAGGUCUGAUGGUAUAUUUAUAACAGAAGGAGGUAGGCCACACUUUUAAAAAUCCUAUGGUAUAUUUGGUAAUAUUUCAUUUUCUCUACUGCAUAGCACAAUAUUAAAUGUAGAAUAAGAAUUCUGUGUAAAGGUAUUCUGCCAUGUUGAAAUACUGCCACACCCAUACUUGGUAUGAAAGGUCACUUUAAUCAUUAGUGAAUUAUGAAACACUAACCUUUUUCAUCACAAAAUGAAUACUGAUGCUCACCUAUGAAUAUAACAAUGUUGUUUAAGACACAAGCUGUGAAACAACCAUGUCAUACUGAAAUGUUCUAAAGAAAUGUCAGGUCAGGCACAGUGGGUAAGUCCCAGAGCUCUAAAAAGUAGUUAUUAUGGAUGGUCAUGGAUGGAUUUACGCACUUAUUAAAUGUUUACUGUUUAACAGUCCCAAAUGCCAUUAUGCCAUUGAAUAGAUUUGCUAAAUAUUUGUCUGUAUUACAGGACGUAAUUCAAUAGGGAAAAAAAAAGUCUUCCAUUUUGAAAAGUAACCUACUCAUUAUAUUCAGGAGCACUUCUGCUUAAAAAUAUAUGUUUAUUUUUGCACGAUUGUUAAGCAUAUUAUUUUAUAAAAGCAUAUUAUAAUUAACAUGUAUAUUUUCUGGCUGUAUAAUGGAAUGUGUUUUUGUAUAUCAUUUCACUGUUGUAGGGUUGAUUUCGAGCAAAAUUAUAAUGUACUAUUAAUAUAUUGUCAACAUUUAUUGAGUUUUUAAUAAUGCAUGAUUGACACUGACUAACUGGAGCUGUAAUUUAAAGCAGUUAUACUUACAUUAUUUUCUUUGUCAGUAUUUAAUUGUGCAGUUUGAGUGUAUUUUUGUUUUUAUAUGCUUAUUUUAUAUUUUUAUUCUUAAUUUUCCGAUCUUUUUGAGGAUACAUUUAAGUGCAUGCAUAUUUUUGAAUGUAAAAUGUUGUACUCGAUGUCAGACCUGUGUUGUCUGACACUGUGUAAUAUUAAUAAAAUACUGCCUGUGAUAAUACCAGCUUUCCCAAAUCUGACAUCCCAAACCUGCAUCAUUUCAUUUGCCGCAAAAUGUAUAAACACGCACAAAUAAAAUGACAAAUCCAUACUCUACAUGACUGUUUUAGUACACUUACUAACAUAGCAAUCAUUAUUUUAUUUAUGCAUGCAUAUCAUACAUUACACAUAGAUCAUUUCAAGCUCAUUUAUUAUGUAUAUAUUUGUAUUAGCUUGAAGGCUUGUUUUGAAGAAGCUAAAAUGAAUGAACGUCUGUUUGUACUGUAUGUGGUACGGUUUGGGGAAAUGUUUCCAUCAGAAUUUCCCAAAAUAAAUUUACUCUAUGUUAUAAA